UGCAAUUUGCAGCUGCAUUCCUAGGGCUGCCUGGGCGAUAGACUCUCAGCAACAGCUGGAUCAGAGAAUGGGCUUCCAGGCUGCCUGCUGUUUCGUGCUGCUGCUUUGCACAGGAGGGUCACUCAGCAAACCCACUCUCAGAAAGGAGAGGGUCGUUCAUCCAGACCCUCAGCUCAGCGAUCAGCUGCACGAAGAUAACCAAAGCUUCCAGUAUGACCAUGAGGCUUUUCUGGGCAAGGAGGAAGCCAAGACUUUCGAUCAGCUCACCCCAGAAGAAAGCAAAGAGAAACUAGGGAAAAUUGUUGAUAGAAUAGACGAUAACAAAGAUGGCUACGUCACAACAGAGGAAUUGAAAAACUGGAUUAAGCGAGUGCAGAAACGCUACAUCUUUGAAAAUGUGGCUAAAGUCUGGAGAGAUUAUGACGUAAACAAGGAUAACAAAAUAUCCUGGGAAGAAUACAAACAAGCCACGUAUGGUUAUUAUCUAGAAAAUCCAGAAGAAUUUCAAGAUGCGACUGAUCAACACAGUUUUAAAAAAAUGCUGCCCAGGGAUGAAAGGCGAUUCAAAACUGCAGACCUGGAUGGAGACUCAACUGCCACUCGUGAGGAGUUCACUGCCUUUCUUCAUCCGGAGGAGUUUGAGCAUAUGAAAGACAUUGUCAUCUUAGAAACACUGGAGGACAUAGACAAAAACGAGGAUGGUUUUGUGGAUCAAGAUGAGUACAUUGCUGAUAUGUUUGCACAUGAGGAAGGUGGACCUGAACCUGACUGGGUAAUUACUGAACGUGAGCAGUUUUCAGAUUUUCGGGAUAUAAACAAGGAUGGGAAGAUGGAUAAAGAGGAGAUUCGGCACUGGAUUCUCCCACAAGACUAUGAUCACGCACAAGCUGAAGCCAGGCACUUAGUCUAUGAAUCGGACGUAGACAAGGAUCAAAAGUUAACCAAAGAGGAGAUUCUAGAGAACUGGAACAUGUUUGUUGGCAGCCAAGCUACCAAUUAUGGGGAAGAUCUCACAAAAAAUCACGAUGAACUAUGA